AUGGACAAAUCCCAGCGCAUCGUGAUCAUCGGCGCCGGAGUCUUCGGCCUAUCCACCGCCCUUCGACUCGUCGAAGAAGGCUACCAGUCCGUGACGGUGCUGGACCGCGCCGUGCCCCCCGUCCCGGACGGAUCUAGCGUCGACAUCUCACGAGUCAUCCGAUUCGACUACGGAGACGCAGUGUAUGCACGCAUCGCCAAGGAAGCCUUCGAUCUCUGGAAAACCCCAGAAUACAACGAAGCGUUCCACCAGACGCCAUGCAUGUGGGUGACGCAGGAAGCCAGCAACGGCAUCCAGACCGUACAGCCCCGUGCGCAGGAAUACAGUCGCAAGACGAGAGACGUCCUCACUGCCAUGGGUCAAACGUGGCAUGGACUUCACAGCGCGGAAGACGCCCGACGUCAGUUCCCCACUCUCUCGGGACCGCUUGCGUCGCCGGGUUUCUACGCCUUCUACAAUGAAGCCGCCGGAUGGGCCGAUGCCGGUCUGGCGAUUGCGAGAUUGGCGUCCCGUUGCUCUGCGGCAGGUGUCUCCUUCGUGACGGGGAAGAACGGCCAGGUCGUCGAGUUUGAAAAAGCCGCGGAUGGAUUGAUCACGGCGGUGCGCACGGCUUCUGGAUCCAGAGUCGUAGGGGAUAGAUUCAUUGUCGCUACCGGUGCCUGGACGGCUAGUUUGGUCCCUGCGUGGAAUUCUAUGAUCGCAGCCGCUCAGAUCGUGGGGUACUUGCGCCUGACGCCGGAGGAGAUGGCGCAGUUGCGCGAUCUGCCUAUCUAUUUUAACUUCUCCACGGGGUUCUUCUGUUUCCCUGUACACGAACCAACAGGGUAUUUGAAAGUCGCCUGUCAUAGCUACGGGUACACGAACCCGUACUCCAACCUGAAUGCUACUUCUGCCAAGAAGGAGGAUGGUGUUUCCGCACCGCCGACCAUACCACCGGCGUUUAGAGCAAAUUACAUCCCUGAGGAUGGUGUCCAACGCCUCCUUGCCGGCUUGAAGGAGAUCCUCCCGCAUCUGGCGGAUAGGGGGUUCGAACGUGUCGGUCUCUGCUGGUAUAAUGAUACCCCCACGGGAGAUUUCAUCCUGGAUUAUCAUCCAGAACAUCGGAAUUUGUUUAUUGCCACAGGAGGUAGCGGACACGCAUUCAAGUUCCUCCCCGUGAUGGGGAAGUAUAUCGUCGGCUGUUUCGAGCGUAGUCUCACCGCCGAUUUGUUGGACAAGUGGAGAUUUCCCUCUGAGUUCCGCGGACGUCGGGAUGCGUUCCAGGGAGAUGGCAGUCGAGGAGGUCCCGAGAGGAGAGAACUGACGGCUCGUGAAAAAGAGUCCUUCAAUGCUGCUUUGAAGGCCGCGUCGCCCUUGGCGAAGCAGAGUAAGCUAUGA